CUGGUUCUCGUUUAGUUUCCCACCAUGGCAGUGUUUUGAAAAACCAAGACAUUUCUGUGAGGUCUCACGGGGGGACAGUCCUUGUAAUCAUGUGGGUGCCUGCAGAAAGUGGAGAGAUUCCCUCCCAGAACACAGCGUGGGAGCCCCAGGGCCUGGCUGCGAGGAGCGUGGGGUCCCUGCGUGACCAGGGCUCUCCGGCAGAGCCAGAUCCUGGCCUGGCGUGUUCCCGCCUGCCUCCCUCCAAGUCUGGCCUCCGAGACCUGCAGCCUCCACGGGACUGGAGCGAGAAGAGCGGCUCCACCAGGGUCUCCAUCCCGGGAGGUUGCGAGGAUACCCCGGGAGUGGCCCGGGGACGCGGCAGCAGAUGGGGGAGCCAAAGGCUACCCCCAGGCAGCCGCGGCGUCGGGGAAGAAUCCUCCUGCACCUCCGUAGGAGCCAGGACCCCUCUGCCAGCCCGGGAGCAGGGCGGGCAGCGGGAGCUGCCCAUCCCCGCACGGGCCCUUCCACCAGCGCCUUCUCCGUGGCGGCCCGAUGGGGCGGCGUGGGCUCCGGAGGGUUGUCCUUUCCCCGCCCCGGGACUGCCCCGCUCCUCGGCGCCGGCGGCAGGGGCUGUCCCGGCCUCGCCCCUGCCCGGGAGUGCCCUGCUGGACGUGCGGGGGUGCCCCGGUACAGGGUGAGGGGUGGGGUGGGUGGGUGGGUGGUAUUUCCCG